UGUUUUGUCCCCCUUAUAAUUUUAAAUGUUAUUUACAAAUUGCAGUUAAAAUGAGUAAGCUAUACGUGUUAUAUGAACACAGCGCGGGAUUCGCGCUUUUUCGCGUGGCGGAGUUUGAAGAAUUAGCAGCAUUUCUGUCGCAGGUUGAAGAGUCUGUGACUGAUUUACAAAGAUUCAAUUCAGUUGUUACAUUAAUCGCAUUCCAACCAUUCAAAUCUGCUGUCGUUGCAUUGGAAAAUAUAAAUGCUAUAUCAGAAGGUAUAGUACCAGAGGAUCUAAACUUAUUCCUGGAGGGAGCGCUGCCAAAGCGGAAGAAGAGAGGAAAAUGUACCUUAGGUGUAGCAGACCCCAAGCUGGGAGCUGCCAUCAGCGAGGCUUUGGAGAUACCAUGCUCACACACCGGUGCUGUGCCCGAACUCAUCAGAGGUAUCUGUCAUCACUUCCAUGCUCUUAUCAAAGGGUUGACACUGAAGGCGUGUAGUGUAGCGCAGCUUGGUCUAGGUCAUUCAUACUCUCGUGCUCGAGUCAAGUUCAAUGUGCACCGUGUUGAUAAUAUGAUCAUACAAUCUAUUGCAUUAUUGGAUCAACUUGAUAAAGAUAUUAAUACAUUUUCUAUGAGAAUCAGAGAAUGGUACUCAUAUCAUUUUCCGGAGCUUGUCAGUAUUGUACCUGAGAAUCAUUUGUACACGAAAUGUGCGGAGUACAUCAAAGACAGGAAGUCACUCUCUGAGGAGUCAGUUGAGCCUUUGACAGAGAUAUUGGGAGACUCGGAGAAGGCUCAAGCUAUAAUUGAUGCAUCCAAAAUGUCAAUGGGCAUGGAUAUAUCUCCGGUUGAUUUGAUUAAUAUACAAAUGUUUGCUGGUAGAGUUGUUGCUCUUAGUAACUACAGGAAACAAAUAGCAGAAUAUCUGCACACAAAGAUGAACUCGGUAGCUCCAAACUUGACCACACUGAUUGGAGAUCAGGUGGGUGCGAGACUGAUCUCCAAAGCGGGCUCCCUCACCAGCCUUGCCAAGUACCCUGCUUCCACAUUGCAGAUACUCGGUGCGGAGAAAGCAUUGUUCCGUGCAUUAAAGACUCGUUCAAAUACACCAAAGUAUGGUCUUCUGUACCAUUCUACGUUCAUCGGACGAGCUGGACUGAAGAAUAAAGGUCGGAUCAGUCGCUACCUUGCCAACAAGUGCUCCAUUGCUUCCAGGAUUGACUGCUUCUCCGCUUCUCUCCUGUGCAAUAAACUGUGCAUGUCUCGCUCUUCUUAAUUCUGGAUUAGCUAUGAGAUAUGUGUUUGCGGCUGUCUCCUGCGCUGUAGAUGAGACAGGCAAUGUAAUACUGGAGCCUACGUACCAGGAAGUCAUGAAUGCAAAGGCAAUAUUAAACUUUGUCUUUGAUAGUCGGAAUAAGAAUUUGAUUACGGGCUUCUCGGAGGGAAUAUUUAGUGAGGCGGCGUACGAUGAGGCGCUAGAGAUGUCGCGCGCGGCAAGUGACCUCGUGUUCUUAUUCUACAGGGACA